AUUUAUAAAUCGGGACUUACAUUUAAGUUAUUUUUUUAUUGGUGUAUAGACAGGAAGUGACUGUGCUGCCCUGAAGCCGGCGCUUCGCCCUCACCCUUCUGUCUGUCUGUUUUAUGAUCAGUAGAAUGUGUGUGUGCGGCUUCGACUGAGAGAGCGGUGUAAUGAUAAAAGCCGCAUUUGCGGUACGCUCCUCUCACCUCAUUUAAGUCAGGAAAAAUCGGAGAACCCGUCUUAUUUCUUUCCUCCUCGGGCCCUAGACUUAUCCACGUCUCGGAGAACAUUGUGAAGCAGCACCAUGUCCAGGCCGUCAGGGGGCGGUGUUGCCAAUGAUGUCACACGCUUCCUGUCCACAGGGGCGGUGCCAGGUUCGCCCACCUCCUCUACCCCCACUGGCCACGUAUUCUCCGCCUCCAGCCAAGCUGAUUGGGCGGCAAAGAGGCUCGUCUGGGUUCCAUCCGAGAAGCACGGUUUUGAGUCUGCCAGUAUCCGUGAGGAGCGAGGGGAUGAGGUGGAGGUGGAGCUAACAGACAGCCAGAGGAAGCUGACCCUGUCCAGGGAGGAGGUCCAGAGGAUGAAUCCUCCCAGGUUCAGUAAGGUGGAGGACAUGGCUGACCUCACCUGUCUCAACGAAGCCUCCGUCCUACACAACCUCAGAGAGAGAUACUACUCUGGCUUGAUAUACACAUACUCGGGCCUGUUCUGUGUGGUGAUCAACCCCUAUAAGAACCUGCCCAUCUACACAGAGUCUAUAGUGGAGAUGUACCGAGGGAAGAAACGCCAUGAGAUGCCCCCUCACAUCUACGCUAUAUCAGAGGCUGCCUACCGCAGCAUGCUACAAGACAGAGAAGAUCAAUCUAUCCUCUGCACCGGCGAGUCUGGCGCAGGGAAGACAGAGAACACUAAGAAAGUCAUCCAGUAUCUGGCUCAUGUGGCCUCGUCCCAUAAGACUGGAACUCUGGGUAGAAACAAGGAGGCCUCACAGAUGGAUGGCAGUAGGUCAUUGCCCCGGGGCAGUUCCAUGGUGAACAGGAGUGUGCAAUAUGGGGAGCUAGAGAGACAGCUGCUACAGGCCAACCCCAUCCUGGAGGCCUUCGGAAAUGCCAAGACUGUCAAGAACGACAACUCCUCCAGAUUUGGCAAAUUCAUCCGUAUUAACUUUGACGUGGCUGGAUAUAUUGUCGGUGCCAACAUUGAGACCUACCUGCUGGAGAAGUCGAGGGCGAUCCGCCAGGCCAAAGAUGAAAGGACCUUUCACAUCUUCUACCAACUCAUGUGUGGAGCUUCAGAGACCACCAGAGCAGACCUUCUCCUUGGUAGUGCUGACCAGUACAGGUUUCUGAGUGGAGGUGCUAUACCUGUUCCAGGCCAGAGUGAUGCUGACAACUUCACCCAGACCAUGGACUCAAUGACCAUCAUGGGAUUCACACCAGAGGAGUCUCUGUCCAUGUUGAAGGUGAUCUCUGCGGUGCUCCAGUUUGGGAACAUCUCGUUCACUAAGGAGAAGAACCAGGACCAGUGCUCCAUGCCAGACGACACUGCUGCCCAGAAACUGAGCCACCUGCUGGGCAUCAGCGUGCUGGAGUUCUCCCGGGCCAUCCUCACCCCCAGGAUCAAAGUAGGACGCGAGUACGUCCAGAAGGCCCAGACCAAAGAACAGGCUGACUUUGCUGUGGAGGCGUUGGCCAAAGCUACAUAUGAGCGUCUGUUCCGUUGGCUGGUCCACAGGAUCAACCGGGCGCUGGACCGCAGACAGAGACAGGGAGCCUCUUUCAUAGGCAUACUGGACAUAGCAGGCUUUGAGAUCUUCCAGUUGAACUCAUUUGAGCAGCUGUGUAUCAACUACACCAACGAGAAGCUGCAGCAGCUGUUCAACCACACCAUGUUCAUCCUGGAGCAGGAGGAGUACCAGAGGGAGGGCAUCGAGUGGAGCUUCAUCGACUUCGGCCUGGACCUGCAGCCCUGCAUCGACCUCAUCGAGAGACCGGCCCAGCCCCCUGGUGUGCUGGCCCUAUUGGAUGAGGAGUGUUGGUUUCCACGGGCGACAGAUCGUUCAUUUGUGGAUAAGCUGUCUGCUGAGCAGGGGACACACCCUAAAUUCUUCAAACCUCGACAAAUACGACAAGAGGCCGACUUCGCCAUCAUCCACUACGCUGGGAAGGUGGACUAUAAGGCAGAUGAUUGGCUGGUGAAGAACAUGGAUCCUCUGAAUGACAACAUAGCGUCUCUCCUCCACCAGUCCUCUGAUCACUUCAUCUCUGAGCUCUGGAGAGAUGAUAUUCAGACUCUUCCUCGAGUAUAUUUCUUUGACUCCUAUGCCACACUGCAGACCAAUGGCUCUGACAUGGAGAGGCCCGUAGGGCUGGACCAGGUGUCCAACGACACCAACAGUGGGCCGGUCAACUUCGGGGCGGGGCUGAAGACUAAGAAGGGGAUGUUCAGGACCGUGGGUCAGCUCUACAAGGAGUCCCUCACCAAGCUGAUGGCAACACUACGCAACACCAAUCCAAACUUCCUCCGCUGCAUCAUCCCCAACCAUGAGAAGAAGUCUGGUAAGCUGACUCCCCAUCUUGUUCUGGACCAGCUGAGGUGUAAUGGAGUCUUAGAGGGGAUCCGUAUCUGCAGACAGGGCUUCCCCAACCGCAUCCCCUUCCAGGAGUUCAGACAGAGGUAUGAGAUCCUGACUCCUAAUGCUAUCCCUCGUACCUUCAUGGACGGGAAGCAGGCCUGUGAACUCAUGAUCAGUGCGUUGGAGCUGGACCGUAACCUGUUCAGAGUUGGGCAGAGCAAAGUGUUCUUCAGGGCUGGAGUCUUAGGUCACCUGGAGGAGGAGAGAGACCUGAAGAUCACUGACACCAUCAUACGCUUCCAGAGCGCUGCCCGAGGAUUCCUCGCACGCAGGGCCUUCCUGAAGAAGCAGCAGCAGCUGAGUGCUAUGAGAGUGAUGCAGAGGAACUGUGCUGCCUACCUCAAACUCAGGAACUGGCAAUGGUGGAGGCUGUUCACCAAGGUGAAGCCUCUGCUGCAGGUGACUCGUCAGGACGAGGAGAUCCAGGUGAGGGAGUCGGAGCUUAAGAAUGCCAAAGACAACCUGACCAGAGUGGAACAGGACUACACUGAUCUGGACAAGAAGCACAUACAGCUGAUGGAGGAGAAGGCGGUGCUGACAGACCAGCUGCAGGCGGAGGCGGAGCUGUUUGCUGAGGCGGAGGAGAUGAGGGCCAGACUGGUCAGCAGGAAGCAGGAGUUGGAGGAAAUCCUGGGGGAGCUGGAGGGACGAUUGGAGGAGGAGGAGGAGAGGGGCGUUCAGAUGACCAAUGAGAAGAAGAAGAUGCAGCAGCACGUGACGGAUCUGGAGGAACAGUUGGAGGAGGAGGAGUCGGCCAGACAGCGCCUCCAGUUGGAGAAGGUUACCCUGGAGACCAAGGUCAAAAGUCUGGAGACAGAGAUGCUGAGCACUGGAGAACAGAGAGACCGCCUCAGCAAGGAGAAGAAGCACCUGGAGGAGAGGUUGAAUGAGGUGACAGACUCACUGACUGAGGAAGAGGAGAAGACCAAGAGUCUCAACAAACUGAAAAACAAACAGGAAGCAGUCAUUGCUGACCUGGAAGAUCGGUUGAAGCGUGAGGAGCAGGGUCGUCUGGAGCAGGAGAAGUGGAGAAGGAGGAUGGAGGGGGAAGCUGUGGAAGCCCAGGAGCAGCUCUCUGACCUGGGACUAAUGUCCGCUGAACUCAGGGGCACCCUGGCUCAGAGAGAGAAAGAUAUCACAACCCUACAGGGGAGAUUGGAGGAGGAGGGUGCACGAAGGACUGAGGCUCAGAGGGCUCUGAGAGAGGCCAUGUCUCAGGUGUCAGAGCUGAAGGAGGAAGUGGAGAAUGAACGAGGGAUGAGAGAGAGGGCAGAGAAACAGAGGAGAGACCUGGGGGAGGAGCUGGAGGCCUUGAGGACAGAGCUGGAAGACACACUGGACACCACGGCGGCCCAGCAGGAACUCAGGUCUCGUAGAGAGGCAGAGCUGGGGGAGCUCCAGAGGUGUGUUGAGGGGGAGACGAGACGUCACGAGGCCCAGCUCUCAGAGCUCAGAGUCAAGCACUGCUCUGCCAUAGACAACCUGCAGGAACAACUGGACAACAGCAAGCGGGCCCGUCAGUCCCUAGAGAAGGCCAAGACUCUAUUAGAGGAUGAGAGGGUCAGCUUGGCCUCAGAGCUAAAGUCCCUGCAGGGGGGCCGCAUGGAGAGUGAGAGGGGCCGCAAGAGGGCAGAGGGCCAACUCCAGGAGCUGACCGCACGCCUCGCACAGGCCGACAGAGAGAGAGAGGAGAGAGAGGAGCGACUGCACAAGCUACAGUCUGAGAUGGAGACCCUCUCUAGCUCUCUCUCCUCCUCUGACUCCAAAUCCCUCCAUCUCAACAAGGAGGUCAGCAGCCUGGAGAGCCAGCUCCACGACGCUCAGGAGCUACUUCAGGAUGAGACUCGUCAGAAGCUGGCUCUGGGCUCCAGGGUGAGAGCUCUGGAGGAGGAGAGGAAUGGACUGAUGGAGAGAGUGGAGGAGGAAGAGGAGAGAGCCAAGGAUCUCUCCAGGCAGAUACAGACUCACACUCAGCAGCUGGCUGAGUUGCGGAGGCAGUCGGAGGAGGUGAAUGGGGCGGUGGAGGCAGCAGAGGAGACCCGUAGGAAACUGCAGAGAGACCUAGACCAGGCCGUCCAGAGAGAACGACAGAAGGAGGAGGAGAAAGAACGUGUGGAGCGACAGAGGGAGAGGCUGAGGGAGGAGAUAGAGGACAUGACCCUGGCCCUGCAGAGAGAGAGACAGAACUGCACCACCCUGGAGAAGAGGCAGAAGAAGUUUGACCAGUGCCUGUCAGAGGAGAAGGCGGUGAGUGCCCGGCUGGCUGAGGAGAGAGACAGGGCCGAGGCAGACAGUAGAGAGAAGGAGACACGCUCCCUGGCACUGGCACGAGCCCUGCAGGAGGCCCAAGAUCAGAGGGACGAGCUGGAGAGAUCUAACAAGCAGCUCCGCAUAGACAUGGAACAACUAGUCAAUCAACAGGAUGACGUGGGGAAGAAUGUGCAUGAGUUGGAGCGUUCCCGCCGGGCCCUGGAGACAGAGGCAGAGUCCCUGCGCACUCAGACCCAGGAGCUGGAGGAGGAGCUGGGGGAGGCGGAGAACUCCAGGCUGAGGCUCGAGGUCACCCUCCAAGCCCUCAGGGCCCAGUUUGAGAGAGAGAUCAGCACCAAGGAGGAGAAAGGAGAGGAGAAGAGGAGGUCUCUCAACAAACAGGUGAGGGAGUUGGAAACCCAGCUAGAGGAGGAGAGGAGUCAACGCUCUCAGGCCAUGUCCGUCAAGAAGCAGCUGGAGGCGGAGCUACAGGAGGCUGAGGCCCAGGUGGAGACAGCCAAUCGCGGCAGGGAGGAGGGGCUUAGGCAGCUACGGAGACUGCAGGUUCAGAUGAAGGAGGUGCUUCGUGAGCUGGAUGAGUCCAAGCUGGCCCGUGACGAGGUGGUCGUCCAAUCAAAAGACACAGAGAAGCGCCUGCAGACCUUGGAGGCUGAGUUACUGCAGCUUACAGAGGAUUUAUCAGUGUCUGAGAAGAUGAGGAGACAGGCCCAGCAGGAGAGAGAUGAGAUGGCUGAUGAGAUCAUCAACAGCUCUACCGGGAAGUCGGCUCUGUGUGAUGAGAAGCGGAGGUUGGAGGCGCGAGUCACUCAGCUGGAGGAGGAGUUGGAGGAGGAGCAAAGCAAUGCUGAACUAGUGGCCGAGAGACACAGGAAGACUACACUUCAGGUGGAGACUCUGACGGUGCAGCUGCAAGGAGAGAGGACCCUGUGCCAGAAGGCUGAGGGGGCCAGGGAGGCUCUGGAGAGGCAUAACAAGGAGCUGAAGCUGAAGCUGGGGGAGAUGGAGGGAGCUGUCAGGGGAAAACACAGGCUCAGUGUCGCCGCCCUGGAGGCCAAGAUGGACGGCAUGGAGGAGCAGCUGGAGCAGGAGAGACAAGAGCGAGCGACAGCCAACAAGCUGGUGAGGAAGACAGAGAAAAAACUGAAGGAGGUGUUGAUGCAGGCAGAGGACGAGAGGAGACAUGCAGACCAGUACAGAGAACAGUUGGAUAAGUCUAUGGGCCGGCUGAGGCAGCUGAAGAGGCAGCUCGAGGAGGUGGAGGAGGAUAACUCUCGUUCCAACGCCCAGAGACGUAAACUGCAGAGAGAGAUGGAGGAGCUGACUGACAGCUCCCAGAGCAUGACCCGCGAGAUCACCGCUCUACGCAGCCACCUCAGUCUGCCUCACACUCCACUCCAUCCACUCAGCAUCACCACAUCUGAACGGAAACCAGAGAAGCGUGCUCCGAUGCCCCUUGGGAUGCGCUCAGGUCGCAGGGCGUUGGUGGAUGAUCUGUCGUGUGAGAACUCUGACUCGGAGGAGCCCCCCCCCUCCCCGACUCCUUCUUCUGGUACUGGCCCCGGAACUGGCCCCGGCACCCCCACACCCCCCUCUGAAAACAACAGUCUGGGACCCCCCCCACCAUACAGCCUCAACGACACUGAGUAACACACACACAAACACACACGCAUACAUACAGAUACAUACUCACACAGACGCAUAGGCCUGCAUACAUGUAUAUGUACACAUAGGCCUGCAGACAUGUAUAUGUACACAUAGGCUUGCAUACAUGUAUAUGUACACAUAGGCCUGCAGACAUGUAUAUGUACACAUAGGCUUGCAUACAUGUAUAUGUACACAUAGGCUUGCAUACAUGUAUAUGUACACAUAGGCUUGCAUACAUGUAUAUGUACACAUAGGCUUGCAUACAUGUAUAUGUACACAUAGGCCUGCAGACAUGUAUAUGUACACAUAGGCUUGCAUACAUGUAUAUGUACACAUAGGCUUGCAUACAUGUAUAUGUACACAUAGGCUUGCAUACAUGUAUAUGUACACAUAGGCUUGCAUACAUGUAUAUGUACACAUAGGCCUGCAGACAUGUAUAUGUACACAUAGGCCUGCAGACAUGUAUAUGUACAUACAAAUACACCCUCACAUAGACUGACCUACUGAUCCUGCACUUUUUUAAACUCUUUCCUCUGCAGUCCAAACUAGAACAGAGAGCAUACACACUUUCCUUAAGUUUGGGUCGGUCACAGUGGUCAGUUAUUCUGUCUCUCUCUCUCUCUCUCUCUCUCUCUCUCUCUCUCUCUCUCUCUCUCUCUCUCUCUCUCUCUCUCUCUCUCUCUCUCUCUCUCACACACACAAUUUAAUGGGGGAAGAGGAUUUGUUGAUGAUUCGUGAGCAAGAAUAUGGACUGUAAUCUCACUGGGGGAAGCUUCAUCUCCCAGACAUCUGAGGGAAAGUGAAUUAUAUCCAUGUUAUAGCCAUGUUCUAUUGUUAUGAUACUGUAUAAUGCUUCAAAUGGCAGAAGUAAGAUGGCUACUGGCCACUAUCAAUGUAAGGCCAUGUUUAACCCUUUGAGGAACUCUGACAAUAUUCCACCUGUGUUUAGCGUUCUUGUUGAGGACAUGGCAACGGGUUGCUAAAUGUUCUAGAAUGCUGUAGAAUCCUGGAAUAAAACACUCCGAAUAAUGUUCCACUCCUCAAAGGGUUAAUGACAAUCUGCAUGUUUGGGAAGACAUUUUGCAAGACUAGAGAAACACGCACACACACACACACACACACACACACACACACACACACACACACACACACACACACACACACACACACACACACACACACAGGGGACUGAUUCAUGUUUCUAUGUAUGUAGGGCCUCUGUGGGUCCUGGAAAAGGUCAUCGCUCAUUGACUGCUAGUGUGAAAGACAGCUGAAAGACAGCUGAUAUGCUCUUCUGUCUUUUAACAAGCCUGGGAGAAGCUCCCAUGAGUUGUUCAUCUUUCUCUCUCUCACAUCAAUUUCAAUUUAAGGCCAAGUUAUUAUUUUAAAAAUUAUUUUAGAAAACAAACACAGAAGGUCUGUGAAGUAUUUUAGGAUAUAUUACUAAUUUGUUUGUAGUUUGAAUUAGGUCAUAUAUGGGGGAAAAUAUCAAUCAGGGAAGAGGGUUAAGUGAGAGAGAAAAAAUGAAAAAUGAUAAUCAACCUUGCUGUUGUGAAGAAUGAAGCCAGCGGCAAGUUUCUAUAGAAAAAGACUGAUGAUAUUUCACUCCAUCAUCACACAUACUGGUGAAACUGGCUCGGGCAUAAACACCGGCAUCAUCGUAGACCUUAUCAAUCCAUCUUAUGAUUGUCAUAAGAUGAUGAAAUGUUGCUAUCUUUUGUCAUGAGAAGCGAUGCCAACCAAACAUGUUGCAGUUGCAUCAAACACUAUUGCAAAACAAACCAUGCAGUCUGUCUUCGGUCCUGUGCUCUGAUCUGGGUUAUCUAGACAUUCAUGGACCUUUUUGGAUUGAGACAGAUAGGUAGUUACUGUAGUUAGGCCAAUGGAUUGCAUAGGUAGGUAUAGGUAGAUAGAUACCGUAGGUAGAUAGAUACAGUAGGUAGAUAGAUACAGUAGGUAGAUCGUUUCUUUAAAUCUUUAACAUAUCUCUUCUUAUAAAUACAGGCAUUUGAAUCUAUGUCAUUUAUAUCAGUCUGAAUAUGAGUAUAAUCCUCCAUUAUUUAUUGUCGCUGGUUGUUUUUUGUAUUGUUUCCAGUCUGUUCAGACAUCAUUGGUAGAUGACAUACUGGUAUGGUGUCACUGGCACUGAUAGAAAGGAAGGCAGGGCCUCACGCAUACUGCAACCAUGGCAAUAGAGAGAGGUUAAGAACAGAAUCACAAUUACUAGGUGGAUUGUGGUUAACAACAUCUGUCUAUCUAUGUAGACUUGUGUUGUUGAAUAAUUCCUGGAGGGGGUAUUGGUUGUUCUAUUUGACAGUGUUAGGGAGGUUUGUAGGUCUUGGUUAGUAGGGAAUGCACUGGAAAUAUAUUGGACAGAGAGAUGACAGACAUUUAAGACAGUAACCAACACUACAUCAGAACUCACCUGUGGAGCAGGACACUGGAAUCUCUUACACAGAACAGGAACAUGUGAAAAUUGAGGACGUAAUGUUGGUGUUUUGAGACUGCUACUCAUUCUCAACAUAUCAUAAGCAUCCAUAUCUUUUGUGUUUAUCAAACAGACGUAUUGUACAUUGUAAUAUUGUUUUUUUUAAAUUCAUUCAUUGUGUAAUAUAUUUAUGGAACAAAGCUUUUUUGUUUAACCAAAUGGUGGGCGUAUGGAUGAGAAAAGGGACUUAUUGUAUACGUAGUAGAAUAGAAUAGAUUCAAGUAGAGUAGUAGGGCGGAGACUGGUUGGAGGAAUUUCCACUGUCAUCCAUAGAACUACCCUCUGGAAUAACAGACCAAAGUGGAGGACUUUUUCCAGCAACUUCCGUUGGGUUCAUUGUCUUCAGAUCUGUCCUAUGAAGCACCAAGAAAACCCUGUUUCUACCCAGAAUUUCUGUAUAGAUCAUUCUAGAACAGUAACGCUCCAUGCUUCCCUCCCCUUAUAUCAUAAUAGUGUUUUUGAGGAAGUCAUAAGGGGUCGAAUCUUCCAAAGUGUUGUCUUUUCAUUAAGUGACAGACUGGGAGAUUUCUAGCCAGUUAGAAUAUAUAGUUUUAGAGUAUACAUACCCCGCCCCCUUUAAUCUCCAACAACAUUCACCAUUCAUUCAAGUUUAACAAGUGCAACACCUUUUUGUUACUGUAUAUUGUUUAUAUUUGAACUCCUCUCAGCCCCAGAACCUCUCUGCCUGACACAGCAGAAGUCUGUACAGAGAAUAAAUAUCCUGUCCACAUACUGUUCUUACAGACACCUUGACAUAGGGACGCUUCGCUGCUCAGUCUAGUUAAACACUACGUAUUUGCAUGGCGGUGCAUUCCAUUGAUUGUAGCAUUGGCCGCAUAGUCUCCCGGUUGUCUGCUCUUGUACAAGGAAGAGUAUUUAUCUCCCUCCACAUAAGACUAGGACAUUCCCCUUGAAACGCAUGCAGGGUUGAACAACUAAAAGGUUGUUUAAAGAGCAAAGUUACAGUUCCCCAUCAUUAUCACAUGUCAACAUGACACAGUGGAGAGCAAAGUUACAGUUCCCCAUCAUUAUCACAUGUCAAGCUUGACACAGUGGAGAGCAAAGUUACAGUUCCCCAUCAUUAUCUCAUGUCAACUUGACACAGUGGAGAGCAAAGUUACAGUUCCCCAUCAUUAUCACAUGUCAAGCUUGACACAGUGGAGAGCAAAGUUACAGUUCCCCAUCAUUAUCUCAUGUCAACUUGACACAGUGGAGAGCAAAGUUACAGUUCCCCAUCAUUAUCACAUGUCAACAUGACACAGUGGAGAGCAAAGUUACAGUUCCCCAUCAUUAUCACAUGUCAAGCUUGACACAGUGGAGAGCAAAGUUACAGUUCCCCAUCAUUAUCUCAUGUCAAUAUUGACAUAGUGGAGAGCAAAGUUACAGUUCCCCAUCAUUAUCUCAUGUCAACUUGACACAGUGGAGAGCAAAGUUACAGUUCCCCAUCAUUAUCUCAUGUCAACUUGACACAGUGGAGAGCAAAGUUACAGUUCCCCAUCAUUAUCUCAUGUCAACUUGACACAGUGGAGAGCAAAGUUACAGUUCCCCAUCAUUAUCACAUGUCAACUUGACACAGUGGAGAGCAAAGUUACAGUUCCCCAUCAUUAUCUCAUGUCAACUUGACACAGUGGAGAGCAAAGCCAAGAACCCUUUGGAUCAUUUUCAUGACGGUACUAUAGAAACAGUCAGAUCUUCAGAACUAGCAGCCUAAUGAGGACAUGGGAUCUUUGAAUUAACAAUGAGUUCUAUUAGUAUUUGAUUACAGAAAAAAUGACGACAUGUAUUUGGUCUUUUUUUUCUUCUUCUUCAUGUGAUUUAUUUGGCAAAAUGUACUUUUUUUGUAAGUUACUGUAAAUGCUGCACUUUACAUAUGCACCAAUAGAGGGCAGACUCCGGCAGUAUCAGUGGCUGGCAUUGGUUCACAGUCAGUCCCAUCUCUCUGGAGAUAAUGCAGAUUUGAUAUGUAAAUCUAACUGAUUUGUCAAAGAUCUGAGCAGAUGUUUUAAAUGUUAUUUGGAUGCAAACUGUCACUUUAAAGUUGUGAAAAUUAAGAUCACUACAUUUUAAACUAUCUAGGUUUGGUCUUCAGGGGAAGUAGUAGGACGGUUGGUUUGAGGUUAAAGGUUGAAGGCUGACCCCUGGAAUGUGAUCAGAGAACUGAAGUGUCUGUGCCUCUGUAGAGACCGGUGCUUUUUUAAAGGUGUUAUAAUUUUGUUGAUUUUCUUUCUUUUAUGGCUUCUGUGGAAAUGUGUUGUUUAUGAGCCAUUUUUUGUUGAUGAUGCUGAAAUUAUAAAACAUAUCUGACUGGGGUGAACUUUAAUAUAUGUUGUUGGUUUUGA